CUGACUGGGAAUGGAACCAUAAUCUCCUGGAUCCUAGGCCUAACUCAACCGCUGAGCCAUGCCCAGCCAGGCUGUUGUACCUCUUGAUUAUUCUUAUCUGGCCUUCACAUACUUGUGUAAUUGGUUUUCUCUAGAUUUUUUUUGUAGCACUAGCCCUGACUGAUGCUUGUUUUUACCCUGGUUCAGGUCUAGAGUGGUAGUGUUCCUAGGUUUAGUUAGACACUUAGGACCAUGUCACAGUCGAUAUUUCUGUGAGGGAGCUUUGGGCUCUCAGAUCCUCCUUUACCUCUCCCUGCAUUUUAAAAAAAGUUCUAUCCCUUAUUUUACUCUUUAAAACCAGUGCUCUAGUACAAAAUACAGCCAGGGUCCAGUCGUUUUCUCUUUAUCAUCUAAAGAGAAUGCUCUAAAAAUUCUUCUUUAGCAAAAAACAAUUUAGAAGGGAGAGAGAAAUGUUGAUUUGUUGCUCCACUUACUUGUGCAUCAUUGAGUGAUUCUUGUAUAUGUCCUGACCGGGGAUCAAACCCGCAACCUUGCGUAUCGGGGUGACUCUAACCAACUGAACACCAAGCCAGGGCAGCACCCAGUCCUUAUCUUUCUCCUCAGUGACUAGCUCUUGUUAGCUACUAACUUAGUUAAUCAUGGCAGCAAGCCCACGACAUUGGUACUAUUAUUGAUCCCUUUUUACAGAUGAGGAAACUGAGGCACAGAGAGUGUAAGUAACUUGCCCAAGGUCACCGAAUUAGUAACUAUGAGAACAAGUAGAAGAAUGUCCAUGGCAGCACUGUUCGUAGUAGCCCCACACUGGAAGCCCAGCUGUCUGUCCACCAAGAGGAGACUGGAUGAACACAUAGUGGAACACUCCCACACCUGAGCUCUGUACAGCAGUGAGAAUAAACUCUGACUGUUGACGCACCAAAGUAGCAAACGCAGUAUGGAGCAGAGAAGCCAGACAUCUGCCUCUGUGUGUCUGACAAAACAAGUCGGCUGAGAACAGCAAUGACUGGGGAGAAGAGGAGCCUCUGGACGGUGAUGCCUGGUCUCUUGAUCACAGAUGUGCUGACUUUGCUAAAAGAAUGUUCGAAGGUGAGAUGGCGAGUUUGACUGCCAUCCUGAAAACAGGCACCGUGAAAGUGCCCAAACCCAUCAAGGUUCUCGAUGCCCCAGGAGGUGGUAGCAUGCUGGUGAUGGAGCAUCUGGACAUGAGAUAUCUGAGCAGUCAUGCUGCAAAGCUUGGAGCCCAGCUAGCAGAUCUGCACCUAGAGAACAGGAAGCUUGGAGAGACGCUACAGAAGGAGGCCAGCACAGUGGGGAGAGGAGGUGGGCAGGCGGAACGGCCCUUCAUAGAGCAGUUUGGGUUUGACGUGGUGACAUGCUGUGGCUAUCUGCCCCAGGUGAAUGACUGGCAGAAGGACUGGGUCGCAUUCUAUGCCCAGCAGCGCAUUCAGCCCCAGAUGGACAUGGUGGAGAAGGGGUCUGGGGACAGAGAGGCCCUCGAACUCUGGUCUGCUCUGCAGUUGAAGAUCCCGGACCUCUUCCUUGAUCUGGACAUCGUCCCAGCCCUGCUCCAUGGAGACCUCUGGGGAGGAAACGUAGCAGAAGAUUCCUCUGGGCCCAUCAUUUUUGACCCGGCUUCUUUCUAUGGCCACUCGGAAUAUGAGCUGGCAAUAGCUGGCAUGUUUGGGGGCUUUAGUAGCAACUUCUACUCUGCCUACCACAGCAAGAUCCCCAAGGCUCCCGGAUUUGAGAAGCGCCUGAAGCUGUAUCAGCUCUUCCACUAUUUGAACCACUGGAAUCAUUUUGGAUCAGGGUAUAGAGGGUCCUCCCUCAAUAUCAUGAGGAACCUCAUCAAGUGAGCUUGCUGUCCUCUGGAGGGAGGCCUGUGCGAGGAGUCUGGGGGGCUUCAGGUUCAGGUGUACCAGGUCCUAACCUGGUGCCUGUGCCCAGCCCCUCUGUUUCCUCCACAUCUUCCUCAUUAGGGGUUCACUCCCACUUCUUCCCACACCUGGAGUAGCUUCAGACCAAUCUUCCAGGCCUUGGGAAGUACGUAAUAUCUCAGAAGAAAGGUAUUGUCACCCUAAAGAUGUACAUUUCGUUAGACUUCAUAGCUCUGUAAACCACACCAGCAAUGUGAUGUGAACAGAGGGACCUGUGGAGUGUGGGCCAUGUCGAACAACGCAGCUACCCAAAGAUAGAGAAGGGAAGUGGCCAGUGCACCAGGCACUGCUGCCGAGGGCACCUUCCCACCAUCUUCUCCUGUCUCAUCUCCAGGAACGUCCCUGAAGUUCAGGGAUGCUACUCGAUGGCUGAAGCUUGGGUCCAGGCACGAAACCGUCUUACCAUUUCCAAAACUGAGCACAUUCCCUUUGCUUUCUGUGUGCCUCUGGACCAGCCACAGGCUGAGCAGGUCUGGAAAUGAUUUGGGGAGUGACCAGCCUGCCAGCUUUGGGGUAUCUGUCCUUGGUAGAUUUAGGAGCCACUGAUUUGCUUUUCUCAGCACCUCAUCUUGUGUGCCACUUCCUCAGCUUGCUGGGCUGUCAUUCCUUUGCAUCAGAUAAAACCAGCACAAGCCAGUGUUUUCCCUCCUUCAGUCUUGCGGUGCCGAGGAACAUUCAUGAAUGGCAGUGAUGCUAAUAAACCCUUUCGCAUAAACUUUCAGUGGUUUCAAUGAUGCAAGACACUGUUUCCCUCAUUUAAUCAUAACUCAGUGCUUUUCUUAGCUGUUCGUCAAGAAGCCUUUGUAAUGUGUUGUUAUAAUAAAUUGUUUCUGAAAAGAG